AUAUGAAAUAAAAUCUUUCUCAGAUUAUGAAACAUAUUGUGCUUCUUGUAUUCCACGAGAUAAGGAAACCAUUGUCUUUAUCAUCGGUGAUAUGAAAAAAAAGAUCGUAACAAGAAGAGAUAUAAUCAAAAACCAAACGAAUUCUCUCUUCGCAUUACUACUAAAUGAUGGUAAUAUCAAACGAGAUGACGACCAUGUCUUUGAGGUUCCACUUAAUCCGAAGUUUCUGAAUGAAAUUGAAUGUACACUUCAAGGCCGUGAAGUGAUUACUGAAUAUGAAAACGAAGAUCUUAAAAAUGAGUUGUAUUUCUUUAUCGGUGGAGAAAAUAUCGAACUACUUUUUGAUUCAGAAGAUUUAUAUUCAUGUGGUAACAGGAAAUACAAAAAGAAUUCGAAAUGUAAAGAGUGCCAUGAAAACUUAUUAAAGGAACUUGCGUCACUGUGUGGAUCGUGUAAAAAGAGAAAGGUUGGUUGGAACAAGGGUAGAAAGCGUUAUUUUAAAUUAUGUAUAGAUUGCGGUCAUAAACAGAUAUCGUGCAACAUGUGUAAAUCUGGUAAAAAAUAUUGGGAUUCCAAGAAAAGGAUUUAUCUUGAUAAAUGCAAAACGUGUAAUAAUUUCAUAGAGAUAAAUAAUUCUAAUCCAGAUUUGGAGAUCAUUUGUAAAGAUUGUAGUAAUAAAUGGAGACAGAUA